UUCGAUUUGGUUCGCCAGCCAAUCAAGAUGCGGCUAGGCUGUCCGGCAGCUUGACUAUGAGAGCUGGGGGGAAAACAAGGAGGAUAUUCGUGGUGGAAAACGUUUUUUUUUUUGUAUUUAUUAAAUGUGAUAGCCUUCGGAUUUAAAAUAAGAUAUCAAUGAACAUUAAGGCAGGAUGAAUCAAUGUGAAGACGAUGCAGAGACGCACACCUGAGCCCCGUGUUGAGAUCUGAGGAGGAGAUGAUACCAGAUCCCACCGCUGCAUCCAGGGCCACAGAGCAGAAUAAGAACUCUCACGAUGAGGCGAACUCCUCCAGGGCUGUCAAUCAAUCGGAGGACGAGUCGGGGAAUGAGAACAUACAGAAGAGCGUGAGACGAAGAAAGAGACCACACGAGGGCUCCGAGAAUGUCAAGCGCAAAAGGGCCAAAGCCAGUCGCAGCAGUGUUGGCGGAGCAGGAGGCAGCUGCCGCAAACGGAGACAUGUGGAGGCCGUCACCCUGUUCGAGGUGCUCACCAUGGGCAGGAGUGCCAUGCAGUCGGUGAUUGAUGAUUGGAUCGAGGCUUACGGGACGGACAGAGACUCUUCUCUCCUCGACCUCAUCAGCUUCUUCAUCCAAUGCUGCGGUUGCAAAGGUGUGGUCACAGCAGAGAUGUGUCAGAGCAAAGAGGACAGUGAAGUCAUGAGCAAGAUGGUGGAGGAGCUGGAUGAGGUUGCCGGUCUGCAGUACAAGAAGUUCCUGGCCUUUCCCUGGAUCCUCACAGUCACGUGGCCCAUGGACACAGACAGUGUGGAGUAUCCUCUGAUACAACCCGGACCGUACGGCCGCUGGUUCCACUCUGAGUUCUGCGACUUUGUGUCGGUGCUUGUGGCUCGGUGUCAGCACAGCGUCAUAUUUGACAGUUACCUGAUGAACACCCUCAUCUCUCUGCUCACCGAGCUGUCGGACUCCUAUGUGCGGGCUUUCAGACACACCUGCACGCUAGCAGCGGUGAAGCUACUGAGCUCUCUGGCGGCCGCGGCUCUGAGCCUGAGCGUCGGCAUUGAAAACAGUCAGAAACUGUACCAGGUACAGAAGACGAAGACGAUGAGACAGAGAAGCCCCCCGCAACAGGAGAGAAUACAGAGGAAGAUCGCAGAGCUGCGGGAGAAGAGGGCGGAGAUAGAGACCAUGAUGGACGACAUCUUCAAAGGAAUUUUUCUGAAAAGAUAUCGCGAUGUGCUUCCAGAAAUCCGCUCCAUGUGUAUGGAGGAGUUGGGUUUGUGGAUGAAGCUCUACAGUUCCGCAUUUCUCAACGACAGCUACCUCAAGUACAUGGGCUGGAUGAUGCACGACAAGGUACCAGAUGUGCGUCUCAAGUGUGUGUUAGGCCUCCAGGGUUUGUAUGGCGAUCCUCCGCUCCUCCCUAAACUGGACCUGUUCACCACCCGCUUCAAGGACCGGAUGAUCUCCAUGACCCUGGAUAAGGACAAUGAAGUGGCAGUGCAGACCAUGAAACUGCUGCUUCUCAUCUCCAAAACGUCCGAUGAUGCGCUCAGUCCAGAGGACUACAAGCACCUGCUCCAGUUCGUCUACUCGUCGCAGCGCCCUCUUGCUGCCGCCGCGGGGGAGCUGCUCUUCGCACGGCUUCUCAACACCGAAGUCCCUGCGUCUGAUACCCAGGGUGAAAUGAAUGAGGAGGAGGCACAUGAACGACAAACAUCCGCCAGACUGAGGGCUCUGCUGCUCUUCCACCAGGAGUCUGAGCUGCAGAAGCAUGUGGUGUACCUAGUGGACAGUCUGUGGGACUGUGGUGGAGCCCUGCUGAAGGACUGGCCCACACUCGCGUCCAUACUGCUGCAGGACCCCUCCUCACACAGUCCAGGUCUUACCCGGGCUGAUCAAGUGGUGCUCGUAGAGAUCCUGGUAGCUUCGGUGCGUCAGGCCUCAGAGGGACCAGCGCUGGCAGGAAGGAGUGGAGCCAAGAAGGUCAUGAGUGCCAGGGAAAAGAAGAUCCAGAUCGAUGACUGUACCAAGCUCACUGAUCAUCUCCUCGUGGUGCUUCCUAAAUUACUGUCCAAGUUUUCAGGCAGCUAUGACACCAUUGCCUCCCUGAUGAUGAUCCCUCAGUACUUCCUCCCCGAGUGUCCCGAGGCCGACAACACACAGGCAGCAUCCGGCCUGAUGGCAGAGAUGGGAGCGGCUUUAGACCACCACUCUGGCCCCGCCCUUCUGGAGGUGGCAGCCCGCACGUACCUCAGUCUGUGUGGGGGGGAGGCGUCCUGGUGCUCCGUGGCCCGGGUCGCCAGAGACUCCCUGGUCUGCUGCUGGGUGGACCACCUGACAGCUCUGCUUGGGGACUCGCUCCAGGGUGAGAGUCCGCGUUUCUCUGCUGACGAGGAGAAAACUGCAGAAAUUUUAGCCACGCUGAAGAAACUCAGAGCUUUCCACAACUGUCACGACCUCCAGGAGUGGAACCUGUUUGGGCUGUUGUCUCCCCUCCUGUCGGCAGAGAGCGGAGCAGGAGGAGCCCCGCCUGAGGUGCUGCUGGAGGUGCUGCAGUGUCUGUCUUACUGCAUGCUCUGGUCCCUCAACACCAGUGGUGGAACUUUAACCUCCAGAGAGAACGCUGUGUCCCAGAGACUCCAGCUGCGUCUCUUCUGUGAGAGGGGUAAUCACUGUCUGUCCCACUCCGACCACAGCGUGCAGCAGCAGGCUUUCCUGGGUGUGUGUGACGUCCUGACGGCUCACUCCUACCAGCUACAGGUGUGGGAUCCCUCCUCCUUCGGUCCUCUGCUCUACACACCCAGCCCCAAACUGCAGAGGGCGCUGUUGACCUUCGUCUGCGCGCAUGUCUUCCUCGUACCGGACUGUGACGGCCAGAGCGCUGUCGGUGAAGACUCUGAAGUGGAGAGGCUGGAGGAGCUUCACAGACGGAGAAAUCUGCUCGCGGCCUUCUGCAAACUGAUCGUGCACAGGGUGCUGGAGAUGAGCAUGGCAGCCGAGGUCUUCAUGUACUACAUGAAGUACCACAACGACUUCGGAGACAUCAUCAAGGAGACGAUGUACAGGACGAGACAGAUGGAUAAGAUGGACAGCGCUCGCACACUGGUGCUGUGUUUGCAGCAGCUGUUCGUCCGUCUGAAGCAAGAGCAGGAGAGCGGCGGUGGCAGGGCUCACCCGGGGGUCCAGACCUUCACCAACAUCAAGGAGCUUGCCCGGCGCUUCGCCCUCACCUUCGGGGACCUCAUCAAGUUCCGCAAGUGCGUCGUCGUGAUCCACAGGAACGGCAUCGAGUUUGUGUUCCAGGAGUUCAGUCAGACCCCGGACGCCCCCACGCCGCCGUACCUCUCCUACCUGACCAUCCUCGGCGAGUUCUCCAGCAAACUCCUCAAACCGGACAAGAAAAUAGUGUUCUCCUACCUGCAGAAGCACACUGCGGAGCACAUCGUUGACCUCAAGGAGGAGUGCUGGCAGCCACUCGUCUACUACCGCGCGUCGCUGCUGGCUGUGGCUGAAGGGGAAGACGCCGUGUCGUACAUGAGCUCCGACAGGAAGCCCUACCUGCCCGGUCGCUCUCCCUUCUCCAAACAAAAACUAGAAGGAAGCAAGUUCCCCUGCCCGUUCAGCCCCGUCGACUCCAAAGUCAGCAAAGGUCACAGGUCAAGCUUCAGUCCAAGCCACCAGAAAAAGACGACCGACGCGGAUCCCUUCUCCGUCCCCGCUGACCCUCCUGCGAAGAGGCUGAACUGCGAGGAAUCCGUCCUCAGCACCGGACACGAGUCGGAGGACGACACCGUGGACGUUGAACUGUAACAGUUAGGAGGCCGGAGGAGAAUCUGGUGCUUCUGUCUAGACGACGAGAGAACCACACUGGACCUCACAAACUUCUUUUUGUGUCAUCUUUGUAAUGAUGUUCAAACAUACCAGCGUCCAUUUGUUUUCUACAAUACUGUUAAUACAGUUUUAAAAUGCAGUAUUUUAUAUCUUAAAGGAUAAGUCUGCGAUAUUCUCUAUAUUUCUUAAUGUCAACAAAUCCCAUGAAAAGACCAAAACCAGCAAGAAUGUAUCCUAUUAUUACCUGUGCCUGAUACAUCUUAUUCUUCUGUGCCAUAAACUUCCAACUGUUGCUUGGAAAGUAUUAAAAACACAUCAUAGUUUCACUGGGGGGGACGUUAUCCUACAGUACAAUGAACAUGGGAACUGUAGUUUACUUUGAAUCAAUGCCACAUUCACCGCCCUGCUGCUGCAAAUACAGACUAGAGCACCAAAUAUGUAUUAAUCCACGGCAGAAAAUAGUGCCCAACAAAUGCACUUUUACUCCCGUUUGAGUAAUAUUUGCUAAAAAACUAAAGUGUCACUUGUUUUAGCAAAUUACUGAGUAUAUAAAAUAAUAUAUCUACAUAUUUCUGAUCAGUGUUAAAAGAUUUGACGUUUUCAUGGGAUUUGUAAACAGAGAAACAUAUGGAAUAUCUUUAUCAUUGAAAUAAUGUCGGACUCGAGUAUAUUUUAUUCACAGACCAGUCUCAUUUGAGGACCACGUGUUUGUGUAAAGCUUUUCUCCAUAUUCACUUCUAUAUUGUACUUGAGUGUUACAUUCUUUUACGUUUAGAUCCCACUCAGUUCCAAUAUUUGUCAAUUUGUCUUUUAGAAUUUCUGCUUUAUUGUCCUGCCUGCCACUUUAUUAUUGUUCCUCAUAGGAUAUGGUUGAGUUAAAGUUUGCCAAAAACUACUUAUGUACUUUUGUAAAUUAAUUUAAAUUAAAAAAACAGUCCAAACUA